AACUAUUUGAUAACAGUCCUAAUAAGUGGACCUUAAAUCCCACGCAUAAUGUACUCGUUCUCUCAUUCUCUCAACUGGUAAAAAUACAAAAUAAUGACGUGUUGUAAUUAAAGGUUAUUUGGUCUCGGCUAUUUUAAACUGUGAGCUAUGUCGCGAGAGAAUUUUGGAGCAUAAUGACACUUUCUGUGGACGUUAAUUGUCACUAAGCAACAUAGAACAAAAAGAUUCGUGUAAUUCAGUGCUAAACCUUAAAACCCUGAACAUUUACUGGAUUUGCCAUACUCGUGUACGUGCAGCUCAGUGAGAUUUCUUCAAACGGGCUAUAGAAAAUACCUCCAUCAUGUACAGCAUCGUGCCAUUUUAAGAGCUUGGAGUGCAGGAUCUAUUCGUAACUGAGGAGCUAUGCAUUGUGCCACAAAUUACAUAAUCAGCGCAUUUCAUUUGCAUGGACAUUUGGAAAUGUAUUCCCUGAAAUUGCAUGUAUUUUGCAUGUAUUCCCUCCGAAAUCCCUGAAAUAGAGUAUCAAGGAGGUUACUUGUGUAAAAUAUUUGGACACGGUCAGUGUCUGCUACCACCUCCAAACUACAACCACAGAACGCUGAAGGGACCAGAGUGGACCGUUUUCAAGGAGAUUGUCUCGUUGGUUGUAUUCCGACCUUUCACCCGGAUGUUGCUAUUGCGGCUACUCGUGCCGAAACUACAGCAUGAGCAAAAUGGAGCGGGAGCAAGAGCAGGAGACGACCACCUCACAAGAAUUGCUUUCUUGUGGUAAUGGGGAAGGUUUCCACGAGAAGCUGCUGCUGAAGUCAAAAGCCUCCAGCACUGGUGGUUCACUUCAGACCUCGAAAGUGCCUAGAAGUAGUGUGCUGGACAGGCUGCAGUCCUUCUUGCCACAGAUGGCCCAGGCGAACCGGAAGCUGAGAGAGGAGCUGGAAUCUGCUCCCGCCGGUCGUUUCGACAUUGAGUGUGUCGGCGACAUCGAGAAAGUUAUUGAAAUGGAUGUGGCCCUGGUGGAGCUGCAGGACUCCGACUCAGAUGAGGAGACAGCGAGCGACAGCAGCUCCGACUCGGACUCCGACGGGGACGGCGAGGUCACGGAGGCCACCCUGAGGCUCCCCGGAGACGGGAAGAAGGGGAAGCCCAAUAUCGAGGUUCUAGAGCGGGAAGAUUCGUAGCCUUUAGUGUAGGACUCCUCUGCACAUAAGGGUCACUGGAGUGUAGCAGGGAGGGGCGUGUCUGCACAGGGCCGUGGGCUGGUGAAAAGGGGCGGUGCUGUUUAGUCUAAGCCCCUCCCACACGCACGGGUGCAUCUCGGAAAACGUCCUCCCACUUGAGUGAGCUGAGCGGCUGAUCUGGCUGCUGAUGUUUUUGUCCAAGCAUCACGAUCCCAGUCAAUCUCAGAAAAGGCACAUAGAUGAUUGUGCAAUUCUUAUUAGCCAAGCGCAUACAGCAGCCUGUGUGUGUCUGUACCCCUGCUGCCACCUGUCUCUUACUGUCUUCCAUUACCUUCCAUUACCUCAGGCCCAGGUGUUGAAGGUUACAACCUGACCCCCUUUAAAAUGAGGGCGUUGGCAGGCUUUGUGUAUUUGUGGAAAAUGAAUUUUGCUUAAGUUUAUGUUGUAACUGUGCAGAUGGCCCAUUUAAGUUAGAAUGCAGAAUGAGUUAGACUCGUCAGCGAGUAGCUGGUGUUCUGUUCCCAAGCAGCCUCCCCACUUCCACAGCAGCCAAGGGCAUCUUUGGAUUCUUGGAGGCUCCCUAGGUUGCCAUGACGAUGUAGCAGAGCUGUCCUUGUUCUCUGUUGCUGAAAGUUCUGAGAGGAUUCCGCAGUCCUGGUUGGUACAUAAACUCACCCUGGCAGUCAGUAAAUAAUGAUACAGGGCAAGAAACUGUCGAGCUUAAGGACAGACGGGGCCCUCCUGGACCUCUGAUCGCUUAAACUUCUACACUCAUCAGUGCAAUUUCCGUCCUCCCUGCAGUGGUUUGAGAAUGAGGUUUUCCACGCGGUAGUGACACAGUGGAUGUGUAAAAGCUGAAUACUGUGAGAUGAGAUUACAGUACAGUGAAAAAUUAAUGAAAUUUAUGAACUUAUAUUUUUAUAAUCUUUAUGAUAUGGGGGUUGCCUUUUGCAAAAAGGUCCUGAAAGUGCUUACCAGAUAUUGCUAAUUGGGCCUCAUCAUGUUAUAAAUUUGCCCUUGGAAUCUUUGUAUUGGGAAAAUCCGCACACAAUAUGUAUUUUUCAUUAAAUUUCAAAUGUAAAUAUUAAAAGUUUUUUUUUUUCAUUA